AUGUUUUCAUGUUACAGAGCAAACAACAACAAUAAAAAUUUCUUCUUGAAGAAUGGAGCAGCAGUGUUAGAGCAAACCAUUCGUUUGUUCAAUGGAAAAUCUAAUCCACUUCGUUCAUACUCUUCUCAACAACUCAAUAAAGCAACAAAUAACUUUCAUGUUAGCCGAAUCAUACACCAGGGUGGAGGCUACCAAAUGUAUAGGGGAGUACUUAAUGAUGGUGAAAAAGAUGAUUGUGGAAUUUUUGUGAAAACCUUUUCUUCAGAACCAUUUUCUAAAAAUGGUGAUUAUUUGGAAAAAAUUGCAACUGAAAUUGCUGUGGCAUCAAAUAUGAGCAACCGCAACAAUGUUCUGAAGCUCUUGGGAUACUGUCUUGAAACAAAGUGGCCUAUGUUGGUGUAUGAUUACUUCCCUAUUCAAGGUGAUCUCUCUAGUUUUCUCAUCCAUACAAUUGAACCACCACUGCUACCGCCACCGCAACUGCCAUUUGAGACCAAGUUAAGAAUUGGGAUUGGGAUAGCCAAUGCAGUUGCUUAUCUCCACCAUGGUCAUUCAAAGACCUUCAUCCACAGAGAUAUCCAUAGUGGACAAGUGUUGUUGGAUCAAGACUAUGGUCCCAAGCUCUUUAAUUUCUAUGGUUCAAUUCCAAUUCCUGAAGGGGAAACUCAUGUAGAUGCUGAAGUUUUUGGGACUAAAGGCUUCGGUCCUCCUGAGGUAGUAACGCAAGGACGAUAUACAGAAAGAAGUGAUGUCUGUGACUUUGGAUUUCUGUUCUGUGAAUUAUUAACAGGAAAAUCUUGUGGAAAAAUAUUUUGGGAUAAUAUCAAUAAUGGUUCCAGAUAUGAUUGGAAUCAUAAAUCGAAAUGUGAGUUGGAGGCUAAGAUGUCGUUAGAAGAAGAUGAAGAGAUAAGAUGUCAAUUAGUGGAAUGUGGUAAGCUGGUUGAGAGGUGUACCAAUAAGAGUGUUGAAGAGAGACCUAACAUGGUGGAAGUUGCCAAAGCUCUCAUUUUGAUCAAAUCCAAGAACACCCUUUGA